GUGUGCGUGCGUGAGCACGAGAGAGGUGACGGGAGCGCGCAGCGGACCUGAUUCCAGCACUGCAGCUGUACUGUACAUGACACCAGAGUAAAUGUGACUCCGGUGGAGGAUACAGCCACUUGGAAACUUGCCCGAGAGGUGGAGCACAGGAAGAAUGUCAGCAUCAUGGGGAGAACCAGAACGGUCGGAAAAUAUGUUUGGAGCUCAUGUUAAAACGUUAGACUGAAAAUGUGUGCAGAUGCCGUGCGGGUUGUUUGGUGUGUGUCACGUUGUGUCAAUCUAAUGCAGUGGUGUUGGAAGCAGGUCAAGUAUGUUUAGAUGUGGAAAAUGCAGUAAACAGACUGUGGAGAAAAGCUUACGUUUGCAUCUCUGCGCAUCUGUCGGGUGCUCGCGCACGGUGCGCAAUGGCAAUAAUAUAUGACAAUGUUAACUACGAUUUAAUUAAUUAUGUAUGUAUGUAUUAAGAUGCCAUCAUAGUUUACAGUGCAGUCAAUGAAUGAAUGGCGCACUAGAGGAAGAAUCGCGAUCGAUAGUCUUUCUGCAGCACGCGCUUUACGCACUGUAAUCCUCUCGCUUUAAACGGCGCACCUGUCAAUCACUAAACCUCAGACAGAAGACUUCAUCACACAGGUCACAGGUUUGAUCUCGAGGAUUCUGCUGGCUUUGGUCUGCCAUAGACAUGAUCUUAUUGGGUGGCAUUCCUUUAAGGGUCAAUACCAGACUCACACCACCUCUUCAGCUCUCUCACUGUCCAGACACCCAGCAUUGAAUCUUCCUGUACUAUUCUAUCUGUUGCUUUCCAUCCUGUGUGGGGUCUGAUGACGGCAGAUAUGGGGGACGGACAGCCAGAUGUGUGUCACGUGCACGCCCUCUUCGAUGCCUUUGUGCAGGCGGCCACCUGCAGAGAGACGCUUAAAGCGUUUCAAGAACUGUGCGACCAACUCGAUCUUCAUCCAGACGGGCAGCCUCAAUUCUACCACACCCUCAGGAACAGACUGCACUACUGGAAAGCCAAAGCAUUGUGGGCCAAACUGGACAAACGUGUCGGCCAAAAAGAGUACAUGAGAGGCCAUGCCUGCGCCAACACCACGUGUCUGAUCAUUGGAGCGGGGCCGUGUGGGCUGCGGACGGCUAUUGAGUUGGCUUUCUUGGGUGCCAGGGUGGUUUUAGUGGAAAAGAGAGACGCUUUCUCCAGGAACAACGUUCUGCACCUCUGGCCCUUCACCAUUCAGGACCUCCGGGGUCUCGGGGCCAAAAAGUUUUAUGGAAAGUUCUGUGCCGGAGCCAUAGACCACAUCAGUAUUCGUCGGCUGCAGCUGAUGCUUUUAAAAGUGGCCUUGCUAUUGGGGAUUGAGGUUCACGUGAACGUGGAGUUCAAAAAUCUGCUGGAACCUCCAGAGAACCAGGAGAAUCAAAAGGUUGGCUGGAGAGCAGACGUCCACCCUUCAUCUCAUCCAGUCAGACAGCUGGAGUUUGAUGUAGUUAUCGGUGCAGACGGGAGAAGAAACACAUUACCAGGAUUUCGCAGGAAAGAGUUUCGGGGAAAACUGGCUAUUGCCAUCACAGCGAAUUUCAUCAAUCGCAACACGAGCGCUGAAGCUAAAGUGGAGGAGAUCAGCGGCGUGGCCUUUAUCUUCAACCAGAAGUUUUUCCAAGACCUGCGGAAAGCCACAGGAAUUGAUCUGGAGAAUAUAGUAUACUAUAAAGACGACACUCACUACUUCGUCAUGACGGCCAAAAAACAAAGUCUUCUGGAGAAAGGAGUGAUACUGCGUGAUUAUGCAGACACAGAGAUGUUACUGUCAAGGCAGAAUGUGGACCAGAAUGCACUGCUCUCCUACGCUCGCGAGGCAGCGGACUUCUCCACCAAUCAGCAGCUCCCUACCCUAGACUUUGCCAUAAACCACUACGGACAGCCAGACGUGGCUAUGUUUGACUUCACCUGCAUGUACGCAUCAGAAAACGCAGCGAUGGUGCGACAGCGUGGGGGACACCCUCUACUGGUCACUUUAGUGGGAGACAGUUUACUGGAGCCAUUCUGGCCGAUGGGAACCGGCAUUGCUCGGGGCUUCCUGGCAGCCAUGGAUACGGCAUGGAUGGUGCGCAGCUGGGGUCAAGGCCACGCCCCUUUAGAGGUUCUGGCAGAGAGAGAGAGCGUUUAUCGGUUACUUCCUCAGACAACACCAGAGAACGUCAGUAAGAACUACAGUCAGUAUCGUCUGGAUCCAGCGAGUCGCUAUCCCAACAUCAAUGUGAAACUCAUCAAUGCUGCUCAGGUGAGGCAUCUCGUAGACACGGGCGAGGGUCCUGUUUUAGGUGUCGACACCGUGAGCUCUCCACACCCCAGACUUACACGACAAGAGUCAACAGCCCGUUACGGUAAGCUGCUAAGCUGGUGUCAGGAGCAGAUGAAGGGUUACACCAGCGUGUGUGUGAGCGAUUUCACAACGUCCUGGAGAAGCGGCUUGGCCCUGUGCGCCCUCAUCCACAGAUACAGACCUGACCUCAUUGAUUUUGCGUCUCUGAAGGAGAGCGAGGCGGAGCUCAACGGUCAGUUGGGUAUGAAUGUGGCCGAGCAGGAGUUUGGUAUUUGUCCUAUAAUGACCAGCAAAGAGAUGAGCAUUUUAGAAGAGAGCGACUCUCUCUGUAUGGUCAUGUACCUCAGUCAAUUCCAUGAGCUCCUCAAAGACACAGCGCCACCUAGUGAGAGCUCGAGCUCAGAAGAGAAAGCCGUUGUGUUCUCCAGCCCCAGAUCACCCAUCUCUCUCCUCAGCAAACUGGGACAGAGUCUGUCCCGCAAGCGCAAUCCUAAGGACAAGAAAGAGAAGGAAACAGACAGCGUCGGGAAAAGGAGAAGAACAAGCCAAGCUGACCAAUCAGAGGACGAGGACAUUCCUCACGAUACCAACGAUGAUCAGACUCCGGUGGUGACAUCUGGGUCCGAGUCAAAGGCGCUUGAGGGUCACAGCAGGGUUCGGUCCAUGGCUACGCUCCUGCUGUCUAAAUUCGAGGAAAGCGCCCCGUCGACAUCAGCCAACGCUAUUCGCAGACAGAGCUACAUUCAGAUGUAUACGGGCGGAGUGAGCUCAUUGGCUCAGCAGAUAGCCAAUCAGAUUGACAGUCAGACGGAUCAAGCUCCCAAGCUCCUUCACAGGAGGGAGUCGGCUUCUCUGAAGGAGUUUCCUGUGACGGUGGGCGGCAGUGACGUGUGUUAUUUCUGUGGCCGGCGUGUGUAUGUGAUGGAGAGGUUAAGCGCAGAAGGAAAGUUCUUCCACAGGAGUUGCUUCCAGUGUGAUCACUGCGGUUCCACCUUACGCCUCUCCAACUACGCUCACGAUCAACUACAUGGGAAGUUUUACUGUAAGCAGCACUUCACCUUCAGACUGGCUGGACAGACUCAGAGAAAGCGACCGGCUCCGACUGCGGCCCAGAUGCCCGUUCAGUCAGCCCCUGCACCAUCUUCAGCUUCCCCGUCUCUGUCCUCACCAGGGUCAGUGGGCACGGCGUCUCCUCCAGACCGCUGGUCCGGUACCCGCUCAGACAUGGCAUCGAGUCUGGCCAAGCGAUUGUGUGGCACGCCGGAGCGCAUUGAGCUGGAGAACUACAAACCCUGCCUGCAAAAAGAGAACCACACGCUGCAGGAGGUUCCUGAGGAGACGCUGGCACAGCACAACCUCAGCGCCAGCCUGCAGGACAAGAACUCUGAGGAGCCGUCGAGUAGCUCAGAGUCGGAGCUGGAGGAGGAGGAGCUUGUCUGGAAGCAGGAGACAAACACCAGGACUAAUGGAGGGGGUGUGUUAGACUCGGGGGAGGGACUAAAGAAAAAAGAGGGAGGUCAGAUAAUACAGGAGGACGAGGAAGAAGAGGAGGACGUUUCAGAGGAAGAAGAGGAGGUGGAGGAGAAGGAGGGAGGUUCUAGUGAUGAGGGUGAGUACUGCCCUUGGGAGAGGGAGCGGCUCUCAGGGGUGUGGCUUGAGGAAGAGGAGGCGGGGUUUGUUGAAGAGACCUGCAGUGAUGAACAGGAUUUAGUCCAAUGUGACCAACAUGAACAGGAAGAGUCCACUCCACUCCACCAAUCACCUGCAGAGUCUCCGCCCAACCGUCAACAAACUAAAGCUCCUGAUACCGACUCAGGCCCCGCACACAUUUGCACAUCCAAAUCCGAAACGGCCCUUGAGAACCAGUCCGUCAACACAUCUGAGAUCAUACAGGAGUUCUGGCUGAAAAGUGCUGAGAUCCGGAAGACUUUAGGCUUGACUCCUGUGUCCAGAGACCUUACGACUGCUUCAUGCACCCAAAACUCCACCAGUAAAGAAAGCUUUUACACCUCCGUCACAUUCAUACCGUCCUGCAAUACCUCUGCCAUCCAAAUGCCAAAAAGCAUCGAGUCUCCGGAUGGCGAGGUAGAUGUCACCUUACAAGAGGCUUUAGGUCGCUGCUCUGUAAGACACAGGCUCAGCAUCACUGUGGAGGGUUGUGUGACCGCCGAAAACCUGAAUCCAGACCCUGAUUCCAUCUCUUUUACUUCUGGAGAGAUUCUCAGACUUUCAAAUCCAAAUGCAGGCCUUCUGACCCCUCCCUACAGCCCCGUUGCCAAGCAGUGCCACAUCCAGCGGCAUUCUGAACCGCUGUUGAAGCGAGAGGUUCUGGUCUGCUCAUCUUCAUCAGUCACAACUCUCGACACCACUGUUCCACAACAGGAACCAAAACUCAACCAAGCUCAAAGUCUUCCAUCAGAUGAAAUAGAGAUCCUGUGUGCUGAAGACCACCGUCCCGUAUUGCCAGCCGGGCUGCCGGACAGACGUGGUAACGUGGCGGACCCAAUGCAUGAUGGGACAGACAAGCGUGGACUGGGACACAGCAGGACGCUUCCAGACCGUGUGGUCGUUCCGCUGCUGGCAGGCGGGUCAGAGGUGAGGCUGCACGGGUCAGAUAUGAAGCUGUGGGGGGCGGACGCGGGUGUAGAGGAAAAGCAGAAAAAGCGCAGUUCCCUGUUUUCACCACGGAAAAGCAGGAAGAGUCUGAAUGCAGCGGAGACGCGGCGGGAGCCGGGCAAGCAGAAGUCUCUCUGGAAAACUGUUUUUUCGGUGUAUAAGAAGGAUAAGAAGAGAAAGGACGAGACGAUGCCGGCCGACACUGCAGCUGUUAACACAGAGAGCAAGAGGAAAGUACCGAGCAGAACCACAGAUUUGUGCUUCAGGAAGAAUCCAAGUUUCUCAGAGGACACAGAUUUGUCGUGCACUGGUGUUUUAGAGAGAUGUCCACUCAGAUCUCAGAAAACACAAACUGAGGAGGAACUCAACGCCAAACUGACCCGCCGGGUUCAGAGAGCGGCGCGGAGACAAGCCAAGCAGGAGGAGCUGCGGAGACUCCACAGAGCGCAGAUGAUCCAGCGUCAGUUGGAGCAGGUGGAGGUGAAGCAAAGGCAGCUGGAAGAGAGGGGCGUGGCCGUAGAGAAAGCCUUGAGGGGGGAAGCAGACGAGCCCUUUCUGGGUUCUCCUCGUAAAAGACCCGUCUAUCUGUGUCCGUGCUGUUCUUCAGAAGCCAAAGCUAAAGGGACAGAACACGAUCACUCCGUGUAUGUCUGUACGGUCUUUUUUCUUUACGUGGUGCAGGAACCUCCGCUGCACCAGCUACGGAUGGGGAAGAAGGAUGACCCCAGCCUAAUGCAUCAGUGGCUUAAGCUGGUUCAGGAGAAGAACGCUCUUGUGCGCUAUGAAUCUGAGCUCAUGAUAUUUGCACGUGAGCUGGAGCUGGAGGACAGACAGAGUCGUCUGCAGCAGGACCUCAGGGAGCGCAUGGCAGUGGACGAUCAUCUUAAAGGAGAGCAGGAGCUGGCCGAGGAGAGCCGUAUCUUGAGCGAGAUGCUGGACGUGGUGGAGCAGCGGGAUGCCCUGGUGGCUUUGCUGGAAGAGCAGAGAGUUCGAGAGAGAGAGGAGGACAGCGAUCUGGAAGCUGCGAUGCUGUCCAAGGGCUUCAGUCUGCACUGGGACUGAAUCUUACAUGCAUCUGCAUGAUAAAGGAAGGGCUACGCCGUGUCAAAAAUACGCAGCUGCUGUUUUCAUUGGUCCGAAACUGACAGUUCAUGUGCACUCUGGGCCGUUUGUGACACGGUACUUACAUGCUUUGCUGUCUUAAUGAUAUAUUCCAGAACUCUCACUUAUAUAAGGUGCAGAAUAAAGCUCUUUGGAGAUAAGUGAAGAAGUCUUGCUGCCAAAAAAUGCAACGCCACUAUGCAAACGAACAUCGUUCUUUAUUUGGUUUUUGUUUUCAUCUGUUGACAGAAUGUGGAAGCAUAUACAACCAUAUUGACAAUGUACAGUCAUUUCAAUUCAGACUUAUGCAUGUGAAAUUAAACAAAACAUAUGGCCUGUCCGAAAGUAUUAUUGCUGAAACUGUUUUUAUUGUUUACCAUGCAAACUAACUCUACACACAGUUGACCAUUAAUACAAAGACAAUGGCUGUAUUGACUAAAAUGUGUUUUUAAAUUAAUUAGAAUAUCACGAAGUUUGCUUUACACCAUGCAUUUCAUGCUGUAACACUUGCAAUAAACUUUAUAUUUAAGCAAAAUGUGUUGUUCAGUUUUAUGAAUGCUGUUUAAGCAAAAGGGCAUUGAAUAAGUGACGUAUAUGUCAUGGGUCCCAGGAAACGCACAUACUGAUAAAAAGUGUAGAUUAAAUGCACUGUACAUUGCUUCGGAUAAAAGCAUCUGGCAAAUGUGUAGAUCUUAUGUAAAUCCACAUUCACACGAAUAAAACAAAUCGUUAUAAAUGUAUUGCAGGUCCACGCGCGCCCUCUGCAGGACACUAUUUGUAAUGGCGCAAUGAAUUUCCAGCAGUGACCGUAGAAGGGUUAAGUCACGCCUCUCCAUCUCUCCAUCUCGGUUUCCGUUCGUGGGAAAAGUUUUCGAUCGUUCCCAAACUUUAUCCCCUUAAUCACAAUGGAAGCAAAAUUCCCGUUAGCGAAAGUUUACAUGCGUUUUUGAUCCGCCACUCAGUGUUAAGGAGCGCACGAGCGCACGAAAGUGAAGACGAGAAGAAAGCAUUGCUGUGAUCGGAAGUGAUAAACAUCAGUAACAUUGUUAAUAAGUUGUCGGGCUGUGGGUUGUUGGGUGUGGGUAUCUGGCUGUCCGUCUCUCAGGGCAGCUUCGCAACGUUCUCUCCCUCGUUCCCCUCCCUCUCCGCCGCCAAUCUGGUCAUUACCCUGGGCUCUGUUGUCAUGG